AUGCCAUCGGUGGCGCUGUUCUGCCACUACUACUACCCGACGGAGGCCAAGGCUCCCCUGUCCUCGGGUGUAGUGUUCCAGUUCCGUGACAAGCUGAAGUCGGAGUUCAUCCAUCCGGGGAAAAAGAAGAUCGAGAACGAGUGGCACCAUGAUUGGGGCUGGAUGUGCAUCGACGAGCUCCAGCACUUCCACGAGGAGCCCCUCGGGCCGCCGAAGGGCUCGAAGGACUGGACGUACCGCGACCUGAAGGGCGAUGAGCUGGCCCUGAUCUGCGCCAAGAUCAAGGCGCUCCGUGAGGCCGGGCUCACAGACACGGAUGUGGUGCGUAACUUCAUCGGGAGGUCCUCCAAGAAGAGGGGGCAGCCUAGCACUUCGUCGGCAGCCCUGGCCAAGAAGCCACGCCCGACCACGGGUGGUGAAGGCAAAGACGCCGCCGACACGGCGGGAAAAGAUAAACUGAAGUCCAAUGGAAGUAACUUUACGGACUGGUUCCGGAAUGUGAGGAUUAUCCUCGAAGCUGCCAAAAAGGCUUAUGUUUUUGAUGCAGCGCUUGGUGCAGAACCCGCACUCCAAAAGCGUUUUGAGCACCACUCGGCAUAUGCUAUGAUUGGGGAACUGAAUACUUUAUUUCAGACCCAAGCCCGUGUGGAGAGGUAUGAUGCCUCCGAAAGGUUCUUUAACUGCAAGAUGGAGGAGAACAGCUCUGUUAGCGAGCACGUGCUCAGAAUGUCUGGGUACGCCGACCGCCUGAGACAACUGGGAAUUGAGAUUCCUAAUGAAUUAGGCAUUGACCGGGUUCUUCAGUCACUACCACCUAGCUAUAAAAGUUUUGUGGUGAACUACAAUAUGCAAGGGAUGGAUAGGACACUUCCUCAGCUCCUCGCGAUGUUAAAAACCGCGGAGGUGGAAAUCAAAAAGGAGCAUCAAGUGUUGAUGGUCAAUAAGACCACCAGUUUCAAGAAGGCAAAGGGUAAGAAGGGAAAUUUCAAGAAAGGUGGCAAAACUGUUGCCACUCCCGCGAAGAAGCCCAAAUCUGGACCUAAGCCGGAUACUGAGUGCUUCUACUGCAAGGGGACUGGCCACUGGAAGCGUAACUGCCCCAAGUACUUGGCAGAUAAGAAGGCUGGCAACGUCAAAGGUGAAUAUUUGAGUUAUGAGUUUGGCACGCAUUUAAGACAAUGUGGAAUUGUUUCACAACUUACGCCGCCUGGAACACCACAACGCAAUGGUGUGUCCGAACGUCGUAAUCGUACUUUAUUGGAUAUGGUACGGUCUAUGAUGUCUCUUACUGAUUUGCCACUGUCGUUUUGGGGUUAUGCAUUAGAGACAGCCGCAUUCACUUUAAAUAGGGCACCAUCUAAAUCCGUUGAAACGACACCGUAUGAAUUAUGGUUUGGCAAGAAACCUAAGCUGUCCUUUCUUAAAGUUUGGGGAUGCGAAGCUUAUGUAAAAAGGCUACAACCUGAUAAGCUCGAACCCAAGUCAGAAAAAUGCGUCUUCAUAGGAUACCCUAAAGAAACAAUUGGGUACACCUUCUAUCACAGAUCCGAAGGAAAAGUGUUUGUCGCUAAGAACGGGUCUUUUCUAGAGAAGGAGUUUCUCUCGAAAGAAGUGAGUGGGAGGAAGGUAGAGCUCGAUGAGGUUAUUGAACCUUCUCUCGAAUUUGAGUGUAGCGCAGCACCAGAAACUGUUCCCGUGCAUCCUGCAUCAGCUAGAGAGGAAGCUAAUGAUAAUGAUCAUGAAGUUUUGAAUGAGACAACUACUGAACUUCGCAGGUCGACGAGAACACGUAAUACUCCUGAGUGGUACAAUGUUCGUGUCAUGAAUGUCAUGUUGUUGGACAACGAUGAACCUGCGAAUUAUGAGGAAGCAAUGAUGAGCCCAGACUCCGAAAAAUGGUUAGAAGCCAUAAAAUCCGAAAUGGGAUCCAUGUAUGAAAACCAAGUAUGGACUUUGGUAGACUUACCAAAUGACCGAAAGGCCGUUGAGAACAAAUGGAUUUUCAAGAAGAAAACAGAUGCUGAUGGAAAUGUUACCGUCUAUAAAGCUCGACUUGUGAUCAAAGGGUUUGGAUUUGUCCAAACUCACGGAGAAGCUUGUAUUUACAAGAAAGUGAGUGGGAGCUCUGUAGCAUUUCUAAUACUGUAUGUGGAUGACAUAUUGCUGAUUGGGAAUGAUAUAGAACUUCUUAAAAGUGGUAAAGACUAUUUGAAUAAAAGUUUUUCAAUGAAAGACCUUGGUGAAGCAGCUUACAUAUUAGGCAUCAAGAUUUAUAGGGAUGACUCUAAGUCUCAAUCCGGAUACGUAUUUAUUUUGAAUGGU